AUGCGACAAUUGUCUAUAAACCUUGUUACCAAUGUCAAUUUAGACAAUGGUAUUUAUAUAAACAGUGUUGAUUUACUAAUUGACUUGAAUAACAAGUAUGCUGGUGCUAAAACUAAUGCAUUUACACAUUUAGAAGAUUUAGCUGAUAGAUUAAAUCAUUUUUUUAGUUGUGCUAUUAUACUUAUGUUAUCUGGUGUAACAAUGGCUAAUGUAUAUUUUCUUAGACCAAUUGCAUGUACAUUACCAACAUCACCAGAUAAUAAAUUUAAUGAAUUUGCUGAAUCUGUAUGUUGGGUACGUGGUACAAUAGCUAUACGAGAAAAUGAUCAAAUGCCAUUAACCGAUGAAGAUUGGGAGAAAUUACGUGAUAAAGCUGAUAUGUCUUUCUAUCAAUGGGUCCCAUUUUGUUUAUCCAUUCAAGCAAUGUUAUUUUUUAUACCCCAUUUAAUAUGGCAACUAUUAACCACACAUAUAUUAGGUAUCAAUUUAGAAACUAUUUUAGAUAUGGCAUAUAAAGCAAAUACAGCAGAUGAUUAUAUUAAACGAUCAAAAUGUGUUGAAUCCGCUGCCUAUCAGUUAUUCCGUUUAUCACGUCAACAUUAUUGUACUUAUUAUGAAUCAUCAAAAUUUCCUAAAAAAUUUCCAUACUACUAUUCAUUUAAAAAAUUCUUUCUUAUUAAUAAACAUAUCGGUAAUUAUAUAUCAGUAGUAUAUAUUUUUAUUAAAUUAUUAUAUUUAUUAAAUUUAAUUGGACAAUUAUAUAUUAUUAAAAUCUUUCUCGGUUACCAUGGUAACUUAUUCAAAUUUGGCAGACAUUUAUUAUUUACAUUAAAAACAAAACAUGAAUGGAUUGAAAGUGAAUUUUUUCCAAGACAAACUUAUUGCCCAAUACAAGUACGUCAUCUUGGUACUAAAAAUAAUAAAUUUACAGCUAUAUGUGCAUUACCUAUUAAUAUGUUUAAUGAAAAGAUAUAUAUAUUUUUAUGGUUAUGGAUAGCCAUUAUCACCAUGGUAACUAUUAUUAGUAUCUUAAUAUGGUUAAUACGUUUAAGUAUAAAAAAAUAUCAAACUACUUAUAUUUAUCAUUAUUUAGUAGUAUCUAUACAAUCACAAUUAUUAGAUAAAUAUUAUAAUCAUUCAUUAGAUUGUAUGGGUUGUAAUAUCCAAUUACAUAAUCAUCAUAAUCAUAAUAAGGAUAUACGUAUUGAUUAUUUUAUUAAAAAAUUUGUUAAAAAUGAUGGUUAUUUUUUAAUACAAAUGAUACGUGAUAAUAUUGGUGAUAUUGUUACUGGGGAAAUAUUAAAUCAAUGGUGGCAUAUGUUUAUUGAUUAUUAUAAUGCUUAUUUAAUAAGGAAAAAACAAUUAGAACAAUUAAGUGAAAAUAAUGAUAAACAAAAUAUGAAUGAAAAACAAUAUGGUUUUAUUAAUAUACCAUUAACAGAUAAUGAAAUUAUGUUUCAACUCAUUCAAAACUGUGCGUUACCGUCUGGUUCCGCCUAUUGGAUUGUUAUAAUCGUUAUUGAUGGACCCAAAUAA